UUUAGGGUUUCUCAGAGAAAGUAAAGAUGGAAGAUGGUAUGAUAGACUUGCCAAAUUUGGUAUUUGAAGAGAAAAUUGGUAACAAGAGAGGAAGAGAUGAUGAUGGUGAAGUUGAAACCAAUAUAGGGAGACUUGAAAAGAGGCCAAGUGGAAUUUUGGGUGUUAACGGCAGCGGAGAUGGCGGUGGCGAUGGAGGAGAAGGCGGCGGUGAUGGUGGUGGGAUCAUUGAAACUUUCAUUUCAAAUGUGUUUCACAAGAAUGGAAGUGGUAUAGAAGCCAAAGAAGAUGAAGUUGAUAGUCAAGUGAAAAUCGAUGUGUUUGAUUUUGAAGUUGAAGACACCAGUGUAGAUUUAGGCAUCGACGGCGGCAAAGGUGGUGGUGGUGAAGAAGGAGAAUCCGGUGGUGGUGGUGGGAUCAUCAACACCUUCAUUUCAAAUAUGUUUAACCAUAAUGGAAGUGGUGGUGGUGAUCAUGGGAUAAGUGAUUUAAGUAAUGAUGUUGUAGAGAAAACCGAAAGAUUAGGUGGCAAUGGCGGAGAUGGUGGUGGUGGUUGGACGGUUGAUAGCUUCAUUUCAAAUGUGAUUCACGACAACGGAGAUCGAAGAAGGGAGGAGGAACCACAGAGUGGCGACGGUGAACCAGAGACUCUUGAUGCAGAAAAGUUGACGAAGAAGAACGAUACAUCAUCUGAGCCGCCUACUAAACAUGUUCCAGGACAUCAAUUAAAAAUGAAGCCAGAUGAUUAUUCUGAAAGAGUGUUUUUCCUAAACAACAACUGAAGCAGAUUGCAACACAAAACCAUGGAACUAAUCCAACGGCAACCAAGCGUUUACUGAACUGAUGAUGUUGAUCCUACCGCUGAUUAUUUUCGUUCAUGUUUUUUACCAGCUUUAUUGUUUGUUAUGUAUUUGUACUCGAAACAACAUAUAAUUAUACAACAUAUA